UUCGUAUAAGGUAUAUAUAUCAUAUAAUAAAUGACUAAUGUUUGCAAUCCAAUCCAAUUAAAUCAUAGCUGCGUAUCUAGAAAAAAAGGAAAAAUAAACAUGAUGAUGAUCAAGAAAUAACCAAACAUUAAAAACACCCAAUUUCUGCCGGCUUAGAAAUUUCAAAAGCGCGUCCCAAAUUCAUCAUAUUCACUCCCCCCACGAAAAUUCCAUCUUCACUCCCAUAUUUUUCAUUCACCCAAAUCAAACAAUCAACAAUCAAACAUCACAUUGAUCCAUCUUCGAAUUUCUCCUUAAUCUCAAUUUCUGAAUGGGGAACAAAGAUGAAGAACCAGUGCUCGGAAUUCCGUACACCACCGGACAUCCGCCGCCGCAACCGCAACCGCCGCUCCCAUCACAACCGCCGCAAUAUUACUACGUCGCAGAAAACCCUUAUCAAAGAGGAACUCUUCCUCCCAACGCCAUUUUUGAUGAUCCUAAAGGUGCCCCAAUUCACCAGACUUUUUACAGAGAUACCCCUGCUCCUUUUUCCUGCGUUUUCUGCUCUCAUUCUUCCGUUACUUCCGUCAAGUCAAAACCUAGUCUUGCAGCUUUUAUUGGUUGCAUGAUGCCGAUGAUGCUCGGAUUUUGCUUCCUCUGCCCUUCCAUGGAUUGCCUCUGGCAUAAGUAUCACUAUUGCCCUAGAUGUGGAGAAAAGGUUGCCGACUUUGAGAAAUCAGAUCCUUGUGCUGUGAUGGAUCCUCCACAUUGGGUAGAGAGAAGUUUUGCAUUAACCAGCUGAAGCUAAUAUGGCGAUGGUUAGUUUGUCUGAUGUUAAACGACUUAAACCUUCUCUCGAUGCCCUUUCUCUAUUGUAUGUCCUCUAUAGAUUAUGAUUGUAGCACGAGCUGAGGUGUGAAUAAGUUAAAUGUGUGUCAUGUGUUGGAACUUGGUGCAUUGUAAUUGUACUAGUACUGCUUAUAUAGUCUAUACAAAUGGUCUUGCACAAAGGCUAUUGUGUGUGUGUGAUAUUUUUUGCUCAGGCUUG